CAUCGGCUAGUGCCAGCAGCAGCGAGCGCUUUUGUUCGCGUUUCUGCUUCUGCACUUUUCGCUGCCAGUCGCAGCCGAGUGAACGAACCAUCAACGCUCUGCUUGCUGCGGAUUAUAUUCAAAAUUAUUUCCCUCACGUGCGGCGAGUUACCAAAUACAAUUUUGGUCACAGUGCGUGUUAUUUUAAACAAAAAAGGACAUCGAUAAAGAAUUUGACUAUAGAUAAGGUAUUCCUGUGCGUUAUACUGGUUACUUUUUGAAUAAUAAUUUUGUUCUCAAGUGUUUCCAACGGUUUGCAAGCAGCAUCAGCUGUUUUCUUCGCGCGCGCGCGGAUUUUUUGCGGUUUAUCUUGUGAACGUUUUCGCUUGUAAACUUUUUGUGAGUGCGCUGGCGGAGGAUAAUGACAGGAUGACAUCGACGUCGUCUACAACCACCGUCCGGAAGUCGUACGGCAACCGGAAGAUUAGCACCUGUGCGGAGGACUAUUAUCGCCUCGUGAAAAAGAACAAUGCGCCCACGGUCGGGGGCGGCAAUACGCGCAAAAGCGAAGAGAUUGCGAAAUUAAUUAAAUACAUUGAUGAAAAUAUCGUUGGGAAGAAUAGUGCGUUUUUGGGACCUUUUGGACGCAGGAAAGUUGUAUUCUGUGAUUAUGUGGCAUCCGGUCGAUCGUUACAAUUCAUCGAAGAGUAUAUUCAACGAGAAGUACUUCCGUGCCAUGGCAACACCCACUCGACCACGAAUAUCACCUCGUUGCAGAGCACUUUAUUUCGGCAGGAAGCGAGGGAUAUCAUUAAAAACGCCGUGAAUGCUUCCGACGACGAUGCUGUCAUAUUCGUCGGACAUGGUUGUGCAGGCGCCAUUAAGAAAUUAGUCAACGCUUUGGAUCUCGACGCUCCUACUGUUUUCGUAGGUGCUAGUGAACAUCAGGAUAACUUACAAAUUUGGCAAGAAAUUGGUGCACAAAUUAUAAGAAUAGCUGAAACCAAACAAAAUCAUCUUGAUCUAAAUGACCUGGAAGAACAACUCAAGUUGCAUAGAAACUCCGGUCGGCAAUUGGUGGGUUGUUUUGCAGCCACGAGCAGUGUAACCGGUAUUUUGGUCGAUGACGUGGCAGCCACGAUGUUACUCCAUCAAUAUGGCGCGUUUGCAUUCUGGGACUACAACCUAGCCGCCCCGUAUCUUACCAUGAACAUGAAUCCCAAAGUCCCCGGAGUGGAAGAUACUUCAUUGGUACUCAAAGACGCCAUUUACUUCUCCGGACAUAAAUUCAUAGGCGGUGUACAAACACCUGGAAUUCUGGUAGCUAAGAAAUCCUUAUUCAAACGCGUCAACACUUUCGAACCCGAAGGUUUCUUUGCGUUGCACGAACAGAAUCGUAGCUUUGAACUGCAAGAGGAAGGCACAUCAGCCGCCAUUAUCGAAUCUAUUCGUGCUGGGUUAGUAAUGCAGUUGAAAGAAUCAGUCACAGUGGCGAAUAUUGUGGCAAGACAAGACAAAAUCACCAAACAAAUGCUGCAACAUAUUCGCACAAUCCCAGAGAUUAUAUUAUUGGGUAACAGUUCCACUGGGUUGAAAAGAAUCCCGGUGUUUUCUUUUAUGGUGCGCCAUCCCCGUGGGACAUUUCUACAUCAUAAUUUUGUCUGUGCCAUCUUGAACGACGUAUUUGGUAUUCAGGCACGCGGUGGUUGUCCGUGUUCAGGUGCCUACGCACAGGAUUUACUCGGGAUUGAUCAGUCCUUAGCGACGCAAUACGAAAACAUCAUCUUGGAGGAUCAACGUUUGGGCAGGUUGAAUUUAUCCAUGGAGAAAUCACAUCUUGAAUUACUCCGUCCUGGUUUCACCCGAAUUAGUCUUCCAUAUUUCAUUAAUGAUAACGAAUUGGCGUUUAUAAUGGAAGCCGUUAAGAUGGUGGCAACCGAAGGUUGGAAACUUUUACCACAAUACACCGUUGAUGGCGGUACUGGCGAAUGGAGACACCAUACGAAUCCAAUUUCUCGUGAUCGUAAAUGGCUGGGAUCCAUUCGUUAUGUUGAUGGUAAAAUGACAAUGAAUGAAAGACGAAUUUCCGGGCCUGGGUUAUUCCCUCAGAGUUACCCCGAAUGCCUGCAGACUGCACGUAAUUUAUUCAAUCGAGCGCGUAAGAUCGCCAUGCGAAGUUCUUCGGAUGAACAAGGCAUCAAGUUUGACACACGCGCUGAAAAGUUACGAUGGUUUAUGCUGCAGCAUGAAGCGCAGGAUAUUCUCACCGGUAACUCGCAGAAUAUCAAACAUGAUGUACCCUUCAACCCGCAGGGUUUCAGCGGGUCAAAACGGACCGAGAAGGAGAAUGAAAAGAUUACCAGUAAUAGUAUUCCGCAUCCGGUGUCGAACACAAGUAGUCCACGCCAUUUUAGUCUCCCGGCAAUCGACGACCAUCGGAUUCUUACCAGUUCUUCCCCAGUGCCAUAUUUUGUUCAGGAUAUGAACAGUUUCUACUUCCCCACGUCGUACACAACACAAGGACCGGUGAAUUUCGCUGUUGGCGAAUGCGUUUCCACGCAGGUGUUGAAUCCAGUGCCACAAUCCCCACAUCCAGGGAUGUUUAGUCGAGAAAGAUGCUUUAGUCUUGGUGGUCCCAUCAGUACACAAGCGCAGCCGAUUUUAAGCCCUCAAACCAAAAUGAGUUUGGGUCUUAGGCAACGCAACUGCAGUUGUAGCAGUGCACAAGACUUCCAAUCCUUAGAUUCGGAUGCACAGAUGUCCCCAACGCACAGCAUGAAUAGCAUGAAUGUGUUGGGCAGUUUUGAUCUAGGCCGGACAUCACCAAGCGAUCUGCAGACUUAUGUCACAGAAAUGACCAAAGAACUGGCAACUAAUAUCAAGUCUGAGAUUCGUGAGGUUAUUAAUAAAGUCGAGGAUGCUUUAGAUGGGUCAGAUUAUACCAAACAUGGCGGUUUUAAUAGUGGUGGAUCAGGAAGUGAUGAUGGCCGGAGUGAUUCUAUUUCUGCAGUGGAAGUCGCUGAAUAUAUCGAGAAAGUCUCCAAGGAGAUGGCGAAUGAAGUCAAGAGUGAAUUCCGCGAUGCUUUCAACGCUGUGGAUGUUUAUAUAACCCCCGAUAAACGUUCGUUCUCAAGAGCUUCCAGUUCUGGCGAUAGCGAGAAAGGUGCCAACAGCGCUAUAUCAACCACCAGCGCAAAAGAAGAUAGAUACACUCCUGGAUCAAGCAGUGAGACUGUUAUACAAAUGAUUAACAAAUCCAACAGUACCAAUGGAUUGAAUGACGACGAUCAUGUUUUGAUGAAGAAAAUGAUGCCCUGUUACAUGCACACGAAUCUAAGUUCACAAGACAGUGGUAUUAAUCUGUCAUUCCAAGAACACGAAGGACAAGAGUAUACACGUAGACCUAGUAGUACGGAAUCCAGGUCGGAACGUGCGAGAAAUAUGAAGUUACAUCUUAAAAUUCACAGCGAGAGCGAGGAUAAACCGGAAGAGAUUAACUCCGAGGAAGUUUCCAGUUGUAAAUGGUCAUGUCCUCCGAAGAAUAUCUGGGAGGGUACUAUUGAAGCCAUCGAUGAGUUUGAAAUGAUUCGUAAUGGAGAUCGUGUUAUGGUUUGUUUAUCUGGUGGUAAAGAUUCGUUGAGUCUGUUGCAUACUUUACUGCAGUAUCAGAGCGUUGUGUUAACCAAAGGAGUAGAAUUUUCUAUUGGGGCUGUUACCAUUGAUUCGGAUGAACCAGGAUGUGAUCCUUGCGUUCUUGUUCAACAUUUGAAGUCGUUGGGAGUGCAUUAUGUCUUGGAUGGUCACAAUGAAACAUCUGAAGGUAUUAUUUCUUUAUAUGUGAAUGAAAGAGUUGUUAAUAAUGUGUUUUUAGAUGAUAAUACGCAAACUGAAGAAGCUUUCUACAGUUUUGCAACAAGAGAACUUCGCCAUCGUCUGUAUUCUACAGCUAAGAGUGGCGAAUAUAACGUGCUUGCCAUUGGACAACAUCUGGAUGAUUUAGUGGAGAAUUUCAUCUUGAAUUUGUUCCAUACAGGAAAGUUGCAGACUUUAAAAGCGCAUUAUUAUAUUAAAGAGCAUGAUUUGCGUGUAAUACGCCCAUUUGUUUACCUACGCGAUAAAGUAUUGCGUAAUUUCGUAACGCAUCAGAAUCUGCCGGCCAUUUUGAAUAGCUACGUCUGCCCGGACAUCUCGAAAGAUCGGCAGCGCGCCAGGCAGCUUUUGGCUCAGCAAGAGCUUUACGUGCCGAAGUUGUUUGCCAGCAUUCGACAGGCACUGCAUCCGUUGAUUUCAUUCCAGGAGGAGAACGCUGAAACCCUCGCACGUCUCCUGCACCUGAAGGCUAAGGAUGACUCCGAACCGGAGACGGAUGAAGAACCCGUCUUUUUGCAGUGUUGAGAUGACAUCGAGCGCAAAUUUCAUGCGUUUUUACUUUACAUGGAAAAUGAUUAAUUAUGAAGCGUGGUUGGAAGUUUGAAUUUCAAACAUUAUCGAUUAGAAUGCAACUGAAUGAAAACAGUGAACAGUGAAGAUUGAUGAUUGAUGAAUGACACGUGUGAUUAUGUUUUUUAUUUGUACUUUGUUUUUUUGUAUUUGACGAUUUCGUACACGUUCAAAUUGAACGAUGGCGUACAAUUUUACGUUCGAAUUACGUUUAGAUUCUUCUCUUUUGUUUGCAUAUGUGUAAUGUGCAAUGUAUACGAUUUUUUUACUGCGCGUGAGUGGGUGAUUUGAUUUUUAUUUGUUUCUUAAUCCGCGGCUUCUCAUCGUUGUUGUGUUUUUAACUAUGUAUUUGUUAUGAGGAUUUAAAAGUGAAGUUCAAGUUUUAUUUUAUACGCUGAUCGCUGCUAGGAAUUGUGUUUUGUUGAUAUUCUCGAUAUGAUUUCAAACGAAACGAAUGUGAUUUUACCUUAUAUAUAAAACUAUAAUAAUAUUAAAUAUUAUUAUAUUUAUGCGCUUAGGCUAAGAAGUAAUGUAUUAGUUGUUAGGUAGAGUUUAGCAGUGUAGCGAUAACGAAUGUUUUUUGACAGAGAAACAAACAGCGACGAGACAAGAGCGAAAUGUGUGCAGGAAAUAGGAAACAAACAAAAUAUAUUUACUGUUAACGUACCGUUUAAGCAAAGAUAUUUAAAAACGUGUUACACUGAACGAUGGUCAGCGAAAAAUGGAAUGGAUUUAUUUUUAAGUGAGAAUAAUAAUAAUGUACAUUAAGAAUUCAA